CUGAAGUGAAGGGCUGCGCUUACUCUCGAAUCGCUCGAGACGGCACGGGAUGGUGAGCGAGACGAACGUGACUCCGCGAGAUUUUCACGAGGUGUCGCCACUUUCUUUUCGUCCGCCGAUCUCCGUGAGGAGGCCUGCGCAAAAUCCAAAAAUGGGGAAGAUUAUGCGACCAAACAAGGUGGUGCUGAUCCUCAGCGGCAAGUACGCCGGCAGGAAAGCUGUCAUCGUCAAGAACAACGAUGACGGCACGCCAGACAAGCAGUACGGGCAUGCCCUGGUGGCAGGCAUCGACCGUUAUCCACGAAAGGUGACGCGGAGGAUGGGCAAGAAGAAGCUGACCAAGUACAGCAAGAUCAAGCCCUUCCUUAAGGUGUACAACUACAACCACCUGAUGCCCACCCGGUACACCGUGGAAAUUCCAUUUGACAAGUCUGUCGUCAACAAGGAGACCUGGAAGGACCCUGCCAAGAGGCGCAAGUCUCGACGUGAGGUGAAGGCCAAGUUUGAGGAGAGGUACAAGUCGAAGAAGAACCCGUGGUUUUUCCAGAAGCUGCGCUUCUAAAGUGUUUGCUAUAUUAAAGCUGUACAUUUCUCCCCAA